CAUUUCCGCUUGUGACGUUCGUUGCUCAGGAAACCAGCGGAGUCCUGGCCAGCGACGAUUGGCCGAAGGCGUGACUGUGUUUCUUUCCUGCCCUCUGGUACUUUGUCUACUGGCCUGCGCCCUCCCGGUUUCAGAGUCCUGAAGAGAAAGUGGCUCACCAGAAAGAGGAGAAACCACAUCCCACUAGGAAUCGUCACUCUACGAUCCUUUCUUUGCCAUCUUUCCCUCUUUUCGGGAUUUUGGGCAUGCCAGGCGUGUUUCUCAAGCCUUCCCAUGUGGGAAUUUAAGCUGUCUUAACCACCAGACCUGGAAAGGCGUAUUUAAGGGAUAGAUUAGUCGCUUUUCCACUUGCACCCUCUUCAUAAAGGACCAAAGACUUUCAAAUGCUUUGGCAACCAGCAUCAGAAAUUACAAAGGUAGAUAAAGCCGCCAGAAUAAUUCAGCGUGCCUGGAAAUGUUACCUUAAUGCCACUGUAUUCCAACACUAUAAAAACCUGAUUUAUUUAAGAAGGCGAGGAGAGCCACGUCAGAUUGUGAGAUAUAUUAAUCCUAAAGAGGCAGAACUUCUAGAUGCUGCUGCUGGCAUUCAUGUACGAUUCAGAUUAGGUGGAGUUAAUUUUCCACCUGAUAUAUAUUAUAAAAUCUUUACUCACAGACAUAUUGAAGAUCUGUGUGCUAACAGCCCUAAAGAUUAUACGAAACUUGCAGCAAAACAUACAUCUCAUAAUAAAAGUGAUCAUCUUCCAGAAGAGGAUCGUAGUGGCUGGUAUCAUCGUAUAGAAAACAAUGGUUGGAGGCCUGUUUCUGAUAGAUUUUGGAUACCUACUGAUGAUGUAGUGGUGGAAUCCAAAAAGGAAAUAGAAUUCCAUUUCUCUAAACUGAAGAGAAGGCAAGAUAUGGAAAAGAAAAGAAAAAUUAGAAAAAUAGAAUGGAUGAGGCAAAUGUACUAUGCAGGAAGCCUGGAGGCUAAGGCAACACAUUAUGAAACUGUAGGUUUAAUUCACACAGCAACUAAAGGGCUAAUAAGAGCUAUUGAAGAUGGUGGGAUAGAUUCCGUGAUGGAAUGGGAAGUGGACGAAGUGCUUAACUGGACAAAUACACUGAACUUCGAUGAGUACAUUGCUAACUGGAAGGAAAUUGCUACAAGCAACUCUUCAGCCAACUACAAAGGUAGGUGACUUUUUGCAGAAUUUUAUGGGAAAUGCUCAAGAACAAAAUGAUAUGGCCCACAGAUGUACAUAUUUCUUUUUUAAAAAUAAUUACUUAUUUAAUUUUAAGCUAUUAU